AUGCUUCACGAGCCCCCAGUCCAGUUCCCUCUUCACCCAUGGAACAACGCAUCGAAGACACCGAAUGCGCCAUCCAGACCCUACGAAGGCGAACCCAGAUGCAUCUGCUGCAGGAACUGGGUCGAGACAGCCCUCGCCCAUCUCCGUCCCGUACCUGAAGCAGACUCCGAAGGCAUCAUCAACCGAACGGCCCUCGUCGUGCGCAUGAGCAAGAACCACAAUGACGACGCAGUGGUCCGACCGCUCACGCUGCACUCGAUCGUCGUCCAGAGCCGCGCCUUACAGCAAAUGCUCACCGAGGUCUUCGCCGGCUACCAGGGCAUCACCACGGCCGCAAUGCAGCAGCAGCAGCAGCAGCCGAAACUCGUCUUCCGGGCCCCGUUCCACGCCUUCAUCUACCGCUGGGACGCAUUCACCGCGAUUCUCGAGCGCCAGCGGCACGACGACCCCGUCGCCGCCGGUUUCACACAGUUGCUGUACGAGAUACUGGACCGCGAGCUGGGGGACCUCCGCGCCGAGAUGCACAGCCUCCUGGCCCAGCGCGUCAUUCCCUACUCGCUGCUGUGGGCGCUCUUCGAGCCCGGGGAUUUCAACUCCGCUGUAUGA